AUGAAGUUCUCGCAUCAACUACAAUUCAAUGCAGUUCCAGAUUGGGCAGAUUAUUAUUUGCCCUAUUCAAAUCUUAAAAAAUUAGUCUACUUAAUUGAAAAAGACAGAGUUGGAAACAAAGGGCAUCAAUUAUCUACCGACCUCGAAAAUGGAGGACUAUUGCCUAGUGAACAUACAGCACUCAUCAGUAAUGAUAAUCCUAUAGAAAGGCAAAACGCACAAUUCAUCGACGCAUUGAAUAAAUCUCUGGACAGGAUAUCAAAAUUCUAUGCAAAAAAGGAAACCGAGCUUUACGAUGAAAUGGACCAGCUUGUCACCGAGUUGGAAUCGCUAAAGCACUAUGAAGAUAUUACUGAUGAUGCUGCUCCACAGUGGCACCGUCGCAGCACCGACAAUAACAUAUCCAUGCAACAACAACAACAACAACAGCAGCAACAGCAGUCACCAUCUGCGGAUACUGGGACAACAAAAAGAGUGAGAAGCAAUACUUAUCAACUACCACGUCGAGAAUCCAAUGUCGAAGGAGAUUCGUUUUUACCAGCCAAUAUCAUUUCGAAAAAUGUGACAGACAUGAACCCUGCUAUUACGGAGACUAUGCAAAGGAAAUGGUCUAGAGAGGCUCUUCAUGAUGUUGUUGAGCUAAAGAAGCGAACGAUUGAUCUAUUUGUUCUACUAUCAGAACUGAAAUCUUUUGUGGCACUCAAUCUGACUGCAUUUGCGAAAAUCUUGAAGAAAUACGAUAAAAUUACCAAUAGUCAGUUGAAGCGCUAUUAUACAGGAACAUAUGUCUCGAGUGCAUAUCCUUUUCAAUCCAAUACCAAAUCUCGAUUGAAUGAACGUAUUCAACAGACAGAGAGAGCUUACGCACUUUUGGCUGCAGGAAAUGACUUAGAUAUAGCAAUAGAAGAGUUGAAGGCGCAUUUGAGAGAACAUAUUGUUUGGGAGAGAAACACUGUGUGGAGAGAUAUGAUAGGGCAAGAGAGACGAACCCAGACUGUUGGCUUGAGUGAAUCAAAGGCGUCGGUACUACGGACGCCCUUUGGUGCUUUACAGGUUACGCGUGAUCAAAUUUUGAAUGUCUUAUAUUCGAUCGCUUGUAUUGCAAUCUUUGUCAUUUUGUUACGAUCGGAAUUAUUUGAUACAGUGGAGCAGAAUAGAUGCUUAGCUAUACUUGUGUUUGCAAGUAUGUUGUGGGCAGGUGAGGUUAUGCCCUUAUUCGUUACAGCACUUCUGGUGCCAUUUCUUGUCAUUACGUUACGCGUGAUGCGGUCUGAUGAUGGUUACUAUACUCGGCUGGGUGCUCAAGAGGCUACAAAACGUGUAUUUGCUGCUAUGUUCUCUCCAGUGAUUAUGCUAUUAUUAGGUGGCUUUGCCAUCGCGGGAGCUCUUAGUAAAUUUGGUAUUGCUAAAUCCAUGGCGACCGUCGUCUUGUCGAAAGCAGGUACAAGACCGAACCGUGUACUCUUUGUUAAUAUGAUGGUGGCUACAAUAGCUAGUAUGUGGAUAAGUAAUGUAGCUGCACCUGUGCUAUGUUUUUCGCUUAUUCAGCCCAUUCUCCGUACUCUUCCUGAGGAUUCCUCUUUUGGUCCUUGUCUUAUUAUCGGCAUAGCACUCGCAUCCAACUUGGGCGGCAUGGCCUCUCCUAUCUCUUCACCGCAAAAUGUGAUUGCUAUCCAAAAUAUGCAACCUGCACCCUCGUGGGGUGAAUGGUUUAUCAUUUCGAUACCCCUUUGCAUCAUUGGCAACCUCAUUAUCUGGCUGUGGUUAGUCUACAACUACAACCCAGAAAAACAAACACCCCAGAUACACACCAUCCGCGCCAGUACGGAUCCUAUUACGGGCACCCAGAUAUACGUCAUUGGCGUCACAAUUGUUACCAUUGUUCUUUGGUGUUUAGCACAUUCUUACGAUCAUAUCUUUGGUGAUAUGGGCGUCAUUGCUAUUCUUCCAUUGAUUGCCUUUUUCGGUCCAGGAUUGCUGACCAAGGACGACUUUAACAACUUUUUAUGGAACGUCAUCAUGUUGGCUAUGGGUGGUAUCGCCCUUGGAAAAGCGGUAGAAAGUUCUGGUUUAUUGAAGACCAUCGCUUCUCAAAUUGAGGUGAUGGUUCAAGGUCUCUCUGCCUUUGAGGUGCUGUUUGUUUUUAGUUGUCUGGUCUUGUGUAUCGCAACCUUUAUUAGUCAUACAGUGGCAGCAUUGAUUGUCCUUCCUAUUGUGGCAGAAGUAGGAUCUCAAUUAGCGAAUCCUCAACCGAGAUUGCUUGUCAUGGGUACUGUUUUAGUAUGUUCUGCUGCGAUGGGGUUGCCCGUAUCAGGCUUCCCCAAUAUGAAUGCUAUUUCUCAAGAAAACGAAUUAGGAAAGCCUUAUCUAAGUACUAAGGAUUUCCUAAAGAAUGGCGUUCCUUCUAGUAUCUUUUCGACAUUAUGUAUAGCCACUAUUGGAUAUGGAUUAAUGGAAUUGAUUGGGUUUUAG